CGCCUUGUCGUUUAAAUCUUAAUGGCGCACGAGAUCAUUCAGCCAACAUUUUCACCACGAAAAUAUUGUCAAGUUUGACCCAAAAAAUCUGGUAAAUAGUGAAAGAAAGACUCGGAAUGGUAAGUUGAUGAAUUAAUUAUAAUCUUGAAGCAAGAAAGUUUUUUUCUUUAUCGCAGGAAAUAGUCGAUCGUAAUGGCGUGCAAACUUAAGAGUUCCAAAAUUUUAUUAAUUUAUGGUUUCCAUUCCUCGAUCUUUCUAGGGAGAUAUAUUAUUUCCUUUUUUUUUUUACCAUCAGACAUUUUUCCUGCAGAAUUUUAAUUUCCUUUAAUGUAUCAAGCUUUCGAACAUCAAAUAUAGAAACGGUGUCAUGCGAUACGAGAUAUAUUUACGUCUGUCGAUCAAAUUAAUGGCACCGCGAUUUUUGCCUUCAGGAGGUUUCUGUAGUUUUCGUUUUCUCGUUGAUUCUUUUCUUCCAUACCGAUAAAAACUUUUUUUACCCAUUCCACACUAACGAAUUUAAAAUGAUCUGCUGCUUGGAGUUAUAUAUGCCGAGGUUCAAACUUUUUCUUAUUUAAUUAAAUAUUUUUUAGACCAGUUUUGAUUUUAAUUUUCCCAUGUUUCAGAGUAUGACAAUGAACUCAUGACAGAGGGAAAUGAAAUGUCAAGCUGGUUUAAAAAAUUGUACCAAAAAAUUUAUAUGCAAACUGCAAUUUUUCAUGUACUUUGAUUUGUAUGAAGGUUUCCAAGACCAAACUUUUGACCUGAAUCACCAUAACAUGGGAUAAUUUGAUAUUUUGAAUUUUAUCAUUAUUAUCAAUUUUGAUAAAACCUUAGCUGCCUGGAGGCAAUCACCUCAACCACUACCUCAAAAUCUUCAUUUACAGCCUGUGUAAAGAUCCCUUUUUCACAAUGAUGCAUUUUUGGCAUAAACAUAAAUGCUUUUGAAUCCACUCUAUUUAAGCAAAAAGGUGUAAAACAAAAUUGGUCUAUAUCCAGUCAUUUUGACUUGAUAUUGAGUAAAUCUGAAAUGCCUCACAAGCUAAAAAACAGGAUCAGAUCAUGUGUUGGCACUAGCUGUACUAGAAGGCGACAUUGACCUAUCUUGCUUGCUGAAGCUAUCCCAUUUUGUUGCCAUGCUAUAUGUCCUGAUAAAGAAGAGUGGAGCAAUUCUGGUAUAUUAUGUAACUUGGUGGCAUUCAUUCCUUUCAUCUUAUUAUUUUGGAGGUUAAGGUUCAUUAUGAGAGUAUUAGUAUGAUCAUCUUACCAACACUUAUUUACUAUUAGCUUUUGCCCCAAGAAUGGUAAAUAAUUAACUUGAUGGCUGUAAAAAAAUGAGCUUGUAUUCCUACAACCUUUCAGCACAAUCCAUUUUAUGUUUGGCCAAACAAAUCAAGUUGCUUGUCAUUUUUGUUUAAUCAGUUUCUCAUAUCUCAAGAUUUUAUGACAGAUAGUAAAACAUUGGUUUACCCAAUGCUUUUACGAGUUUGAAUAUAGAAAUGUGUGGUCUUAGGUUUUACCAACUUUAAAUAAUUUAUGGGUGACAUAUCAUAAAUUAUUUUCUCUUUAAAAGAAGAUGUUCCAGUCAUUUUGAAAAUUUCAACAAUAAAAUUAGAACUCAUGGUUUUAUCCACAACAGGUUUUUAGUUUUGAAUUUCAGAGUACGUGGACAAAAACAGUUAUUUUGCAAACUAUUCAUAAAAUCUGAGUUGGGAAUAGAUAAAAUUGUUUGCAAAUUUUUGGGCACGAAUCUAACUCUAAAGGAGAUAAUAUUCUCAAAUGAACUCUAUCUGUCUUAGAAAUACCUUUUUAAUUUGUAAAAUUCUGAAAUAUCUAAAGUAUGUAAUGUUGCAAAUAUAUAUAAUAUGCAAUGAGAGGUGCUACUAACUGGUUGAAAAAUCAGAGAGAAUUAUACGUACCUCCUGAAGUCUGAAGUCUCUGAUGACCAAUACUACAUGAUUCCAUACUUCUCACUCCCAGAGAGUAUGUUUCAGUUUGAAACUUUUCCAAGAUAUCUUUGGAUUUAUAACCAUGGUCGUCAUCCUUGUAAACUGGAUGUGAAUGAUGAUUAAGUUUAUGAAUUAAUUAUGGACUAAUUUGUUUAUAAGUGGAACUACCAGUUAUGGCUUUUAGCAAUCAGUGCAUUUGUUUUCUAGAGUAGUCCAGACUUUUCUAUAUGUAAUGUUCAGCUUCAGUUUCUUUCUGUAGGUUAUUAUUUGAAUAGUGUCUAUGAAGAUAUCUGGGAUUCUGAAACAAUACAUUAACAUUACUAUUACUAUUGCUGGAUUAUGAUAAAAUGUGACCUUCCAAAUCUCAAAAAAAAAAAAAUGACAUUUAGCAAGACAAAGAACUAUAUCCUCGCAAAACAUUUCUAGAAAGUGUUAUCGAUGUGCAUGAAUAUUGGGCCUGGAAAUCUGAUCCCAUUCUAUAGGCAUAAUAUGAUGUUGCUUUUUGUGUUGCAGGCAUUGUUUGGGGUUCAGUUUGUGUUGAGUGUUGUUAUGGCAACCUUGUUGCAGAAGUUUUCUCCAUUUAUUUCCCUUGGACGUUGGAUUCUUUGCAAUAAUCAGUAAGCCAUGCAAAUUGUUUAUAGCACUGACUCUUUUAAAAAUCCAGAAAUUCAUACAGGGUAGGUCCACAGGUAAAUUUACUGUCGAAAGCUAUAAAAUAUGUGCCCUUUCUGACAUCCAAUAAACAGUUGAGUGUAUUUAUUUGAGUUAUUGUGUUUGCUGUCCUUCUACAUCUAUGCUAUUAAGAUGACAGUGCAAUUUUAUUCACUCAAAAUAUAAGACAGUGCACUCAGGGUUCAUACAGGUCCUGGAAAAUCUGAAAAGUCCUGUAAUUUUUGAAAUUUUCCACAACUUUCCAGUUCUGGAAAAAGAAUACAGGUCCUGGAAAGUCUUUGAAAUCUGUUUAACGUAAGCAAUAGAGUUUUUAGAAUUUAUGUUGAAGAAAUGUAUGUAGACUGUAAGUAGAAUUGAUUUUGAAAUCUUGGGAAUGAAAGGGUUUAUGGUGGAAUUUGGUGUCAUGGAAAAUUAGUCCAAGUCCUGGAAAAGUCCCUGAAAAAGAAUACAAACCCUGUCUACUGAAUAAGCCAAAAGUAAAUUACACCUGUAGAAUGUGUCUGUACUUCUAAGACUAAAAUUUCCUCUUCAGAAUUGUUUUUAUUGAGAUUAAUCUCAAUCAUUACUAACACUCUUGAAUAUUUCUUCAAAUAAAAGUUGUAUUUUAAGAAACCAUUGGUAUACAAUGCAACAAUCAACAAAGAACUGUGCCUGGGUUCUCACCCAUCAGGAGGUAAUUUCCUAAUUGUGAUAUUAUCUUCUCACCAUCUUCACCGAUAGCCUUGUUCGAUAUCUCCAUCCAACUGAUGAUGAACUUAAGGGAUUGAUUGGAAAAAACUCUGUUGCUACAGGCAAGAAUAAAGGAAAAAAAGCCGCACCGACAGAUACAAGGUAUGUGAAGUUGUUCAUAACAGCUAUUACAAUGUAAACUUAACUUCCCCAUCCAUAAGUCCUUUACGCCGCAAUAUCUGUAUGUAUAUUCUCUAUAGUGUUCUCCAUGCAAGAGCUGACAAGGAAAUUUGAUAAUUUUAUUUAUUUUUGUAAUCUUGAUGUGGGUUUUAAGGGUGAUAUUGUGAGGAGAAACUUGAUGCUAGUCAUGUUUAGGGGUUAAAAUAUUAAUUUAUUUUCAAAAGUUUAAAUGCAGAACUUGUUAAAUAAGAAUAAGAUUCAUAUGGGUAGAAUUUUGCACGGCAGUAUAUGAGCAAUUCAUGUGGAAUUUCUGGGUGUGACAAAUAACCAAUUGGACCUUGAAAUUCAUUUGAACACCCACUGAGAGUGAUCAAGAUCAAUUCUACAAUUCUCCUUUCAUUUUGUAUUCUUUCACAUGGACAGGUUUUGAGAAUUAAGAAAAUUAACAUCAAAGGGAUAUUAUUUUGAUACAACACCAUACUUAAUGAUCUAGUAACAACUGAAAUAGCGAGGUAUGAAAUGUAUGAGCCCUGGUUGACAGGAUGAGCUUUACAUUUUAGGCCCUAGAGGGAAAAUGAUUUUAAAUUCAAUGAAAUCUUCAUCAAAAGCUUAAUAAGUUUUGCUCAUUACUGAUAUAAUCACUGUCAAUAUGUUUUUGUCUUUUCUGGACGUUCGGCAUGACUUUACGUAUGCUGUAUUUUUUUUCUUCUACGUAUUCCAUGUGGUGUAGAAAAAGGCAGAAUAAUGCAGCGGCUGUUGGGAGUAACAACGACGAGGUCAAGACUUUUACAGUCCCGUGCAACAUUGAUGUCCAUCUAGACAAGGCUACGGUACGUUUAAAACUAAUUCUCUGUUCUUAAAGCCACGGCUAAAAUGAACGAGAAGACUGCUGUGAGAUUUCACUGUCACUCGGGACAACUUUGGUACAGUACCAUGCCGCUUACAUGCCUGCUACAACUCAGAAUAUACAAGUAAAUAAAUAAAUACUAGCAGGCUUUGAGCAAAACUAUGUGAGUUGCUAGGGGUUUGGGGAGGGGUGGGGGGAUUACACCAUGGACUACCAUUCGCCCUACCGGUUCAAAACUAAUACUCGCCUCAUGCUCUAACUGACAUGCUCUUCUCUUUGUACAUGGCAUUUAGAAGGAGAGGCAAGGAACAUCUUUGAUAAAGAAAAAUUUUUGAUUCAUUCUUUUUUACAUUUUGUUUGCAGAUUGAAGAGAUUGACUUGUUGCCUCAGUUUCUUUACACAGACUACAAAUGGAUGGUCGAUUUCUCCUUCUGUGCGGCUGUGAUAAACGUCCUUGUUGAAAUCUUUGCUUUCUUUCUUCCUGAAAUCUAUACUCAGGAACUUAAUUUGGCGCUUGUAUGGAACUGUCUCGUCAUCUUUUUUGCUCUGUAUCCUUUGUGUUAAGAUUGUGUUUAAUUGAAAGUCGUUAGUUCAACAGCCACUGUUACUUUGUCAACGUUUCAAACCAGAAUGUGUUUUUCGAGUCCCAGUGUUUUUCUAGGUUAAGCUUUUCUUUUUAAGUUUUUUUUGAUAGAGAAGGUUUGAACAUAGACAGACAAGUUGACAAAAAAUGUUACUAUUGAUACUGAGCCGUCUGGAAUUGGCUUUAACAACAUUACGAGUGAUUGGAGAAUCAAAAGCAUAAAUGAGGAUUUUCAGGCUUGGUUUACAGUACAAUAAUACAAUACAAUACAAUACAAUACAAUUUAAUUUACGUCGGUAACGUAGGGGGUGGUUACCCAAUCCCCCGAGCCUAAGGGCUCAUGUUGAGUCCGCAAACUGCUUGUAAAGAAUGUGUGAGGGUGCUGGCGAGAAAAUUGCCAAAUGAAACAAGUUACCAGAAAAAACGCGACCGUUAUCCAUCCUUUAGAUCUCACUGUAACACCGUAAUCCUUUGUCCCCUACAAGUGAUCAGCAUUUUCAAAAUUUCUCCUCGCAUUAUUAUCCUUGAAUCAAACAUUAAGGCUGUGAGAAUUAAGGGAAUGGUCACCAUUUAUAGAAGCUCUUGAUUGUUAAUCAAAUUCUCCUUGUCAGCACCUUAAGAAAUGUGUAGAUAACUGUAUGGAGAAUGUACAUACUGAUGUUAGAGUGUGAAGGGUUAAACGGUUCAUGUUUCUUAACUGAAAUUCAGUAAGGUGUUGUUUUCCUUGGCCGCAGCUUAUUGGAGGGGGGAUGACACAGGCGAGCGAUCCAUGUGCCUCACUUUCGGUUUGUUCUUUUUUGUGGUUGCUAUGGCUGUUCUUGUGAUCGACGAGUCUCUUCUGGACUUCGGACUUGACAAAGGUUAGUUAGUCUGCAAGAAGGUUUUCAUAAGCCCGGCAAAAUGAGUAGCAAAGUCUCGCCAGCUUUGCCGCGCGAGCUACAGCGCUAACGCAAUAAAAAACUGUGGAAACUGUAGAAACCAGUAAAGGUACUAAUGAGAAACAACCGUUCGUGUAGCUGACGGUACGUUGGGCAAAAUACAGUAAUUUAAUUGGAGAGAGUAAGAUUUCAGUUCAUUAUACUACAGGUUACGAGACGUUUUCAGAAAAAGCGACCGAGUUUAUGGAGAAACAAGGGCUGUCUUCCAGGUAGGUUGUUAAUGUUACAGUUACUAAAAGUUGUUGCCCAGCUAAAGUUUUGUAUCUUUUAAUUCCAUUCCAUUUGCCAAAGCCUUUACACUUAAAUUUGUGUACCCUUCAAAUUAUGGGUGGUCGAGAACACCCGAAUUUUCUUCCAACGCCAGCAUUUAUUGUCCUUUUCUAUAAGUACAAAGAUAUUUACCAUUUGGGUGUUUGAGAACUUUAUCGAGGAUGCUUCUUCUGAACUGCAGCUAAGGGAGCUUAGCUCCUUGAUACUUGUGCAAUAACUUCCGAUCGACUAGUGUGUCAUCCAGGUCAAUAGCUAUACUUGUGGCCAUCUUCAUAAAAACCGCGGUAGUGCGAAUCAAUCUUCCAUGCAAACUUACGAAGGCAGUAUGUUUAUUUUUAUGCUACCAGAGGUCCCGCCCCUAAGUGGAUGUUUAAACUGUUCCUGGCUGUAGCCUCAGCCAUCCUUGGUGCAUUUCUUAGUUUUCCUGGCAUGCGUUUGGCCAAUAUGUAUCUGGAUUCACUGUUCUACUGCAGGGAGACACGUAUUAUGUUGUAAGUCAACCUGUUAUUCAUUACACGUUUAGUGCUUAAGACGAAACAAAUCGAAACCAGCAGCAGGAGCAAUCUUCUCGACCUUUCGAUCGAAGAAAAUGCGUCUAACCGUGUUUUGUUAGUUUAAGUUGUUUGCUAAUACUUGUAAAAUCACUUUGUUGUACGCGCAUUGCGACCCAGCCAUGGCCCAGCUUCCGAAGUAGUUCUCCGUGGCUCAUUGCCAAAGCAUCAGACGGCGAAAUGCAAAGGUUUGGAUUCGAAUUCACGCUCGUGACACGACUAGUAAUUGUCCUUUUUAUGGCGACGUCGUUUAACACCGCCGGAACUUUUUAAAUUGAAUUUUUCGUAGGGUUCUUCUCCAUGUCAACUUCCUGGCUCCUAUGUUCCUCAUUUUCCUUUGGGUGACGCCCAUCUUGCAAGGACCUUUGGUAACAGGCUCGUGGCAUGACGACAUCGACGACAAGAAUGCUAAACCAGUGUAAGUGAAGUGUUAAUAAUUCCUCUCCAUGUUCACUUGAAAAGAACAUGGCUGCGGUGAUGAAGGUAUUAUCCGAGGUUGAUACUGAUAAACAAUUACUCUUUUAUCCAUAUUGAGACAAUCCUCGAAUAGGUUAGAGAGUUUAUUGUCAGGGUUCUUUCCCUCAACAUUUGCUUCAUUUUGUAUACUCUUAGGUUUGAGUUUUAUUAGCAAUUUUAAGACUGUGGUGAUUGGGACUAAUCCUGAAAAAUUGAUCAGUGCGUAAUAUUUGGCUAGAAUUGUUAACAGUCGAGUUUCCAGAAGAAUAGUCUCUUUCGCAGCCUUUCUUCGGGAUGUCACGCAACGUGCUUCUUCCUUAUCUAAGUCCUUUCGAACGGGGACUCAGAAAUUUUCCUCUGUCCCACGCUCGUGACAAGACGAAAAGAAGAUCCGUCUUUGCUCUCAUGAAAUGUUGGAAAAGAUAGUAGGGAGUUUAAGCGUGACGUCAAUGGCAACAAUAGCCGGCUCUACUUUUAAUUUUGUUUUCUAUGAUUCUUAAAUCGACCCUGUAUAAAUUUCCAGAAAGAAAACACUUCCCUGUGUACGGUGCGUCAUACUUAAGCUCUGUAAUGACUAAUUAAGUUGCCGUCUGGUCUCAAAAUUUCCCGAUCAGGUCUCACUAACUCACGCUGAUUUUUGUAUCUUUAUCUGAAUUAUUUCAUUUCAGAUUGACAGAAAAGGGUUACUACAACCUUCGUUACAUCCUGCUGUUGCUGUUCUGCGUCUUGCGGUUGAGUUUGGUUUGGCGACAUCUCCAGUCCUAUCUUGAUAUGGCACACGAAAGGAUUGAAAAGAUGAAGAAAGAAACUGGACGGAUCACUAACGUGGAGCUGCAGCGAAAGGUAACAGAAUCUUCAACCCUUUCAUUCCCAAGAUCUCAUUAGUAAGUCUCCUUACUGUCUGCAAUGCAAUUCUUAUCAUGUCAGUUCGGAGAAUUUGUAUUUGGUCAACUAAUAAUCCCAUAAUUGAUAUUUUUCUUCACUCUCAUCACUUGUCUGGUUGAUACUUUAUUGAUAUUGUAAGAAAGUAUUCUUUCUUGGUCAUUCACGCGAGCGAUAAGGUUCUUUUGGGUUUGGAAAGAGUCUUUUGUCGGUGACAGUGACUGAGGUUUCGAUAACCAGGGCAGAAGGUAUUGUUGGAAUCAGUUGAAAAGUUAAAUUCGAUCAAAUUUUACAACUCUGCCUCCUAGAAAUUGGUUGUUCAGUCUUGCACCUGAAGUUGUUGGUUCUGGUUGUGUUCUUGAGUAGUGAUUAGUCAAUUUUUUUUCGUUUAGGUUAGAUCUUUCAGUUUGAUUCUUUGUUUAUUUUGCUGCAGUGAAUAUUUCUUUAUUAGAAUAUUGUAAAAUUUUGUCUUUUCUUUUUCACAGGUUGCGCGCGUGUUCUACUAUCUGUCUGCCGCUGCCCUUCAAUAUCUGGCGCCGACUCUUCUUCUUCUCUUUUCCGUUCUUAUGUUACGAACUCUCGGUGAGUUGAAGGUUGAAGAAAACAGAUUGCAUAUGAGUAACAUUGAAAAGCAGAGGCGUGCUUUUUUUAUUUCGCCCAUUUCACCCUAACAUCAGAAGUGAUAUUCUCCAUACUGGUCUCUCUUCAAAUCCUGUUGUAGGGACAAGGAGAAUUUGUUUGACUAUCAUAAGGUUCAUAGCCGGAUUGGUGAUCAUUUCCUUUUUUCUCAUGACCUUUACAUUUGAUUCAAGGUUGACACCGCUGUACGGAGAAAUUAGAUGACAGUCACACUUAGAGGUUAAAGAGUUAACGUAAGACGACUUAGGCUCAUAAACAAUUUAUCCUGGGUUAUCUCCUUGCAGGUUGUUCUGACUGGAACAGUAAUCCUGUGGGUGCCUCCCGAAUUCAGUAUUCAUCUUUUAUAUCAAACAGUACCAGAGAAGCAGCGCUAAAUCUGCGGGCAGUCCUUACACCUGCUCUGUUCCAGGGGAUCAUGUCGUACAUGGUUUGGUGGUUGUGCACCUCAUGGCUCAUUACUACAGUUUUCGGAGUUGUCUAUCUAAAGAUUUUUGAGGCAAGUUGAUCAAGGUCUUCCGUGAUCACGAAAAAUGGCGGAAAUUCUCAGAGAGUGAGCUGCAUCAUGGAGAAAUGGGACGAGAACGAGGCUGAGGUUGACAUGUUAUGGAAAUGACAAGUUUUCCCUAUUUGGUGCCGUGUACGGAGUCACUUCCGCAGAUCACGAGAGAAUAGGGCAACUUAUUAUAAUUAAUAAACCUUUACGUUCCUCUUCUGUUUCUGAGGACUCGUGGAAACUUUCCCAUGUCCUGUCAUUCUUGACAUAAGAAAUGAAUCAGUUGAUCAGAGUUUGGUUGUUUGUUUGGAGUGCUCAGACAAACUUAUAUGUGUAGAUGCGUGCAAAUUGCGUUUUUUUUUUCUAGCUGAUUUGGAAUGGACUUUUUUGUGGGUAAUGAACGCCGGUGGACUCGCAAUUUUAACGGAAAAGUAACGCCACAAAUGCUCCAAACCAAAGUUUCUCCUUUUUUUGCGCCUGUCGGCCCAGUGAGAUGUACUCCUGAUUGAAAAGUAUAAUGCUUAUAAAUGUGUUGCCGAGAGAAGUAAACAUGUCAGUAAAUUGAGC